AUGUUUAUUUCAAAUGAAUCGGUUUCGGAUGAAUACAUGGUUGAUUGGGGAGAGAGACUUGGUUGUGGAAUGAACGGGUCUGUCAGGAGUGCGAAGAGUAGAUCCACCGGUGAUGAUUACGCUGUCAAAGUGAUUCGGGAUCGUCCACGAGCUCGGGCAGAAGUAGAAAUGCACUCAACAGUAAUGGGCCACGAAAACGUCGUUCAGCUUCACGAAGUAUUCUGCAAUGAGUUAAAAUUUCCGGGCGAAUCUGAUGCCACAGCAAAGCUCAUUCUUAUUAUGGAGAAAAUGAAAGAGAAGCAGUCAAAGCAACAAAACAAAUUGUACAAGCUGUCUAUCAUCUUCAUGUUGUCCAUAAUGUCGCGCAUCGUGAUCUCAAGCCAGAAAACCUUCUCUACGUCGAUAAAACCGAAGACGCUGUUUUAA